CACAUCCCGAGCAUUCCCCGCACAUUGCCCUGAUGAGGACGUCCCUCUAGCGCCUAUCAUUUGUCGCGCGGUGUAUGUUACUCCUAGCUCCUUGACCUUGUGCUCUGCCCUCUCUGCGCUGGGUCUGGCCCUAGUGCGGUAUCCAUUAGUUGCGUCUAUUCUCACAUCAACAUGCCUGCUGACGUCUUGCUAUACAGGUGGAUUGAAUGCCUCCACGCGCACCCAUCGCAUCUUCAGUCGAUCACUAUUACCCACGGCGACGUUCCUUACCGCCGCUCGCUGCAAGCGUCCAUUCACCGUAGCCGCGCAAGAUGGAUUUCCAGUCUCCACAGCAGAACGGGAUGUAUGACCCGUCGAGCUUCAUCGAUCCAAACGCGCUUGCGAACCCCCAAAUGAACGGCGCGCGCGGCUUUCCAAUGAACACAAUCCCGCAGAAGCGCGACAGCCAAGGGAAUGCCGCUUUGUCACGCUCCCAGACUCCGUCGCAACAACCCCAAUUCGGCUUCCAGCAGCAGCAGGGCUUCACCCACACACCGUCGCCGACCAUGCAGAACCAGAACUUCAUGCCGGGACAGAUGGGGCAGCAGAGGAUGCAGACAUCGUCGCCCGCGCAGAAUCCCAACGCGCCGCAAAUGUCUCCCAUGGGCUUCCAGGGCAAUGCGAUGAACCAAGGAUUCAAUCCGAACGCUGGCGGCCAGUUUCCUGUGCAAUCAGUGCAAUUGUCGCAAAACCUACAGGAACGACAGCUACAAGCCCAGAGACAGUAUGCUAUGCGUUUACAGCAGCAGGCGCAACAGCAACAGCAACAGCAACAGCAGCAACAAAUGGGUGGAGCGAUGGGGAAUCUGGCGGCGGCCAACAUGGCUGCGCAACAGCGACACCAGUCUGGACAGAUGCCUGGCGCGAUGCAACAUCCCGGCAUGCGGCCAAAUCCCAUGCAAACGCAGGCGCAGGCGCAAGCACAGACGCAACAAAAUCCUCAGCUUGCUCUACAGCACUUCACGAAGAAUGUCGCUGCGCUCAUGCAACAGCACGGUCGAAGCUUCAAUCCCAGUCCGACAGUCGCUGGCCGCGUGAUCAAUCUCCAGAACCUCUACCGAGUCGUCAUGCAAUUCAAGGGCUACCGCUACGUAACACAGUCGCAGGGCUGGUCGCGCGUUGCGCAGUUGAUGUCGAUACCACCGCAGCAGUUUCCAACCGCCCCAGAGGAACUUCGGAUAACGUACGAAAACAACCUGGUUCUCUACGAACAGGCGUAUGUUCAGAGGCAGAACCAACUAAAGGGAGCUAUGCCUGGGCAGAGUCAGAUGGGUGGUGCGAUGGGCUCACAGAUGUCUCCGACAAGACCAUCGAUGCCGGGCACACCGCAGAAUGCAGCACAGCAAGAAUACCUCCAGCAAUUGCAAAGGACUAAAGAAGCUAUGCAGCAACAGCAACAGCAACAGCAACAGCAACAGCAGAGGCAAUCGAUGCCACCGACCCCGCAGCAACCCCAAUUCGGUGCUACGCCAGCGCCGCAACAGUCGACUCCCCUACAAAACAACGCAUCCCUCCCAGAUCUAAACGGACGGAGUACACCGCAAACGGAUGGCAAUGCGCGGAAGAGCAUGAGCAGGCAGCUGGAAGGGACACCUGUUCAGGGCCAGGAGCCUGCGAAUGCGAUUGCAACGCCAGACAAGACUGAACACGCAGCAGUUCAAGCGCCUGCAGCAGUAGAGGUCGUCGAGAAGCGGCAGCCAGUGAUCGAGCAGGACGACGGCACACGUGUCUAUCAGCCAGCUUACCGGACGCAGGAUACCUGGGGCGGCUUGGACUUUGACUCUGAUAACUUCAAGAACAUGAUCGAGAUGAUCGUGAACUACAAGCCGAAUGUUCCGUUGUUACAUGAAGCAGGCGUCAUCGACAUAAGAGCUCUCACCAUGAGCCUCCGGUCUGGACUGCACGCGGAAACAAGACUUGCGCUAGAUACCCUUUCGAAGAUUACAUACGACAACAACGUUCAGUUGGAUCUUGGGCAGUGCGAAGACCUGGUGGAUGUGUUGGUCGAGUUCGCUGAGGAGCAGCUGGAGGUGCUUGGAAACGACAAUCCCGAAGUGACCGACAUUCUGGAUCUGACACCGUACGAGGAUGUGAUGCACCACUGCCGCGCGGAGGCCGCAACAUUACAGGAACUUCCAGAAGUAGGGACAAAAGAGCACACCCUGGACCGAACGGCCGAUCGACUUCUGGCUAUCACGACAAUACUCCGCAACCUUUCCUUCUUGGAAGUCAACCAUGCGUCACUGGUCAGCCCCACAGUGUUGAAGUUCUUGUCAAACUUUAUCCGGCUGGUCGGCACCCGCGUCCUACUUUUGCGGUCGCACAUCAAUACCUUCGACUUCAUGAAGGAUCUCAUCACACUCUUCUCCAACACAAGCGCAAAGAUCGUCUUGCCUUCCCGCGAGGAUGCUUACGCCGUCUUACACUUCCUUUGCGCCUUUGCUCCAGUGCCCCGUCCUGGCAGCCCAGCCAAGUUCACAGCCUUCAGUCCGCAAAUACAUCGUUAUCUUCCGUCUGCGGUUGACAGUCUGGCCAAGCUCCUUGCACGCGACGACCCCAACCGGACAUACUACAAGCAGAUCUUUGUGAACGAGGCAACUUCAAGUCCACCUUACGAUCUCCUAACACGAGCAUUUGCGCUGGCAAUCUCCGUGGUCCCUGAUCGCAACUACAUUGAGAACAAGAUGUAUGAGAUGAAGGAGGCGCGCCCUAAGGAGGUCCGCAUGUUCGAAGCACGUAUUGCAGAGUCACGCAAAGCAUACUUGAUGCAAGGCAUGCUCGCGGCCGACAUCCUCGCCAGCUUAGCACCUGGACCCGACAGUGGUGUCUGCCGUUCUUGGCUUGAGUCCGAGGAUGGCUGGGCAAACAGUCUCCUCAAGUUCGCGAUGUCACUGUCCGCCACGGAUGCUGCGGUCCAACCGCCGCUCCAGCCACCAACUCAUCGCGGCCAAAGACCGAUGGAGCCCGAUCGAGAAGGUUUCCAGCUCAUCGUACACCGAGCAUUGUCGACACUGAAGCGUCUGGGCGACAAGUCCAAGGGCGGCGAUGCACUCGUGAAGAGCGUACCAGUGAACGGCACCUCAAGCCACGAAGAAGAAGACGACGAAGACGAUGAUGACAUGGACAUUUUCAGCUUCAACGGCACAGCCUGGAAAGUCAAAGCAGACUUCCUCCCGCGCCGAGAGACAAUGCUCGGCGCGCUUCUCACAUCCAACCUGGAUGUCAGGAGUUUGAAUCAGUUUUGCAAGAUUGGGUAUCUGGACGAGUAAACGGUGUUCUGGGGUAUUGUAACGGCGAAAACAGGAGCGUUGUGUAAAGCGUAGCCGCUUGCAUUGGUGGGAUCUUGGAACUACUGCAUUGCGCGAGCAAGCUUUGGCUUGGUCUUAUUAGACGUCGAAACUGCAUUAGCAUGAAUGUCGUCUUUCUGAAAUGUAACUUUGUACAAUUGAGAUAAUAGUUGCUGCCGAUGGC